AUGGCGUUCAAAUUCUUAAUCGUUAUCUUGACGGUCGUUCAAUUGAGUCAAAGUAUACCUUCUCCGAAUGGAAUUGGCUCAGAUUUAACUCUUCUGAUCAACAAUGAUCUCCUUGGUCCCCAGAGCCCUUCUGCCAACUCCGGGGUCAUACUACUCACGACCAGGUCUCAAAGAUCAGCAGCCUCCGCGUGUGAAAAACUAGGCGAAUCUUUGUGGGCACCAGAAUUAAACACAUCGAGUAUUCAGCCUACCCUAGACUAUCUUACUUUCCAGGGUAAAUACCCCCAAGAUCAACAGUAUUGGAUUGCAUCCUCCCCAUCAGCUUUGCGAGCAAUUGAUGGACGCGGUCGGAUAUCCGAUUCUGAAACAUUGCCGUGGGCCUAUCUUCCAGCUCUCUGCACGCAAUCUGCUCCGUUUUCGAAUAUAUCAGCUCAGGAUACAUCGUCCAAAUGGCAGGUGGCGGUUCAUUCCAACAACGAUGACAUUACCGGCUUUCGAGAUCGGUUGAGCUUCCGCUUCCUCGGAAUUCGAUAUGCACCUCAGCCUAAAAGGUUCACGUAUUCGACGCCGUAUAUAGGAGCCAAAAAUAAUGUCUCUGCGACCUCUUAUGGAUCACAAUGUAUACAGUCUGGGACUGAUGGGUCCGAAGACUGUCUGUUUUUGAAUGUAUGGACUCCAUAUCUUCCAGCUCACGGCGGUGACACUCGAAAACCCGUCAUGUUCUGGAUCCAUGGUGGGGCAUUUACUGGUGGCACUGGAAAUGACCCGACCUUCGAUGGGGGCAAUAUAGCAUCACGAGGAGAUGUUGUCAUGGUUGCAAUUAACUAUCGCCUUGGUUCACUAGGAUUCCUGGCCCUUGACGAUGGAGUGACGAAGGGAAACUAUGGGCUUGCUGAUAUAGUUAAUGCCCUGGACUGGGUUCGAAAUAACAUUCGUGAUUUCGGCGGCGACCCAGAUCGUAUCACCAUCUUUGGCCAAUCAGCCGGUGCAGCAAGCGUAAGGGCACUUCUGGCAUCACCUAAAGCAAAGGGUAAAUUUGCAGCUGCUAUUCCAAUGAGUAACCUUGGAGGCGGUGGGUAUGGAACGACCUACUCCUCAUGGAUGACGAUCGAUUCCGAAGUAUCGACGACCGCAAAUCCGAUUCUAACAGCGACCAAUUGCUCCACGGCGUCAUCGAAAAUUGAUUGCCUUCGUGCCGUUCCAGCUUCCAAAUUUCCCACUUUACCGGCUACAGCAAGAUAUCUCGUCGUAGACGGAACUUAUCUUACUACUUCCGAAUUACCUCUCGGUAGUGAUGCGGAAGGUUCGCUCUCGAAAGUUCACCUUCUCCAGGGCCUGAUGCGUGACGAUGGGGGUGCUAUCACCAGUUACAUCCAAACCACAAAUCUCUCUGAAUCUAUAACGACUGACGGCUUCAACACUUCCGUCGUAGUUGGAUCACCAAAUCUCUUCCCAAUCCCAGAAGGAUCCAACGCGACCUUGAAUAUCUUCAAUGUCACGGCGCGUGUUGCCACCGACACCAUAUUCCGCUGCGUCGACCAAGCAGCCGCCUACGCUGGAGUGUUGAACAAUGUAUUCGCACCCAACCAAUAUUUCUACGAAUUCAACCGUUCCUACCAGACACCGGGCUGGGAUCCAAACGCGCCUGUCUGCGACGCUCCUAUUACAUCCACUCACCCGCACGGUAACCCAGACCAGGAGUAUUUCAAAUGCCAUUCCGGGGAGCUUUACUAUGUUUUCGGGACUAUCUUGAGAAUGGGAUAUACGCUCCGAGAUGAGAAUGACCUCCCCUUCGAGCAAUUUACCCUCGAUUCCUGGACAAGUUUCGCAAGAACUUAUGAUCCCAACCCUGACGUGGGGCUCCUGAAAGCGCGGAACUAUUCUAAUACGAUUGCGGAGAUUGAAAAGUCGGGGACGUGGGCUCCUUUGAGUAAUGGAGAGAGGAAUGGGGGUAUGGUGAGGCAAUUGCAAUGGCCUAAUACCAGCUCUACAAUUGCUUCUUACAUCUACAGCUAUUUCCAGGAACAGUAUUUAGAUGUUUCACCAACGGCUACCAUUUUAAUCAUGGAAUCUGUGGAUUUACAUUCCGCGCCCCACGCGUAUACUCCUAGCACCAUAUGCCCUCAACAAAUAUCAAAGGAGCAUGUCGAGCCUGAGCAUGCAGAACUUGACACUGGAGCGUAUGAGCAUGGAGCGACUCAAGCACUUGGACCUGCCCUAGGUUGA